CGAGAAUCUAAACGGACAUGUCAGAAAUGAAAAUAAUGAGGUUUCCAAACGCUGUGUAUUCUGUGUGUUUUACUCAAACUUUUACCUUUGUACUUUGUCAGACUACCAGCAAUGAAGGCCAGUGUGGACCCAGUUCUUGCUGUUCAGGCUUCCAAAUGAAAGAUGGCUUUUGCAGAGUUUGUGAAGAUGGUACAUAUGGAAAAAACUGCAGCAAACCUUGCCGAGAAGGUUACUUUGGACGUCUUUGUAAAUCAAAUUGUUCCUCACCAUGCAAGCUUACAUGUGAUAAAGUCACAGGGCAAUGCAAAAACCAUACGUCUAUUUAUAUCAAUAGUUUGGAGAACUUCCUUAAGAAUAAUUCCUGGGUUUUAGCUAUUGUUUCUUCCGUUCUUAUGAUUUUGUCCUUUGGAUGCAUUGCAUUUCUGUUCUGCUUUCAUGUGUGUCGAAAAAGAGAAGACAUGCCAUUGAUUUCAGAACGAAAGCAAAGAAAUGUCCUAGCAGGAUCUGUAAAACAAGGAAAAUACACUCCACGUCGAUCAAAGAAAAUCCUGAAAGGAAACGUAGUUUCACUAACCUUCAGAGAUGAAGAUUCAGGAAGAAACAGGAACCCAAAUCAAAUGAUAGAAAUCAGUACUGAAAUUAAAGAAUUCUCAACAGAUAGUAUUCAUGAUAAGCAGAACGAAUCAGGUCGGGAAAGAAAAAACCCUAGUGAUAAGAAGCCCCAGUAUCGGUACAGCCUAGCUAAAACAUUCGAAAUCACAGAGGAAAUAGAUAUAAGUCAGGAUUUGUCGGAAAAUGAGGUCAUUUUUGAUAGUGACCAUGAUGUUGAAUAUGAUAACACGAGAUUCCAGAAGACAGAGUGAAGCAUUGGAAUGGUCAACGAGUUCCUGGGAAAAAAAGUCAACACGUUUUAUAGUGUUCAAAGCCUAAGUUCAUAAAAGAGGAUUUCUGUAAAAUGCGUUAAUUAUCCACUUUUGACCUUUAAGCUUAGAUACUUUAACUUUUAGUUCAAAGUGUCAUA